GCCGCCGGGGAGUGCUCUCGGGUGGAGGAGCGGGGCCGGGUCUCGGCGGCUGUUGCAGUUCCAGGAGCCGGUUCCUCACACCACUCUCCGGUCGCAGCCCGCGCGCGCGCGUGAGCGGGGCGAGAGCCGACCCUGUGCCGCCGACCGGCGGGGCAGCGGCGAGCGCAUGGAUUUAUGAGGACACCCAUGCCAGAAGUGCGCAGGACCUGGGCAAACUUUGCCUCCGGCUCCACGAACUCCGCGCCGCCGCACGCCUCGACUCCUUUCCGCUCCUCGCCCGGCGGCCGCCGCUGCCCGCGAUGGUGGCCGCGCUGCUGGGCGGCGGCGGCGGGGCCCGCGCGGGGACCGUGCCGGGCGCCUGGCUGUGCCUGAUGGCGCUCAUGCAGCUGCUGGGUUCGGCGCCGCGGGGCUCGGGGCUGGCGCACGGCCGCCGCCUCAUCUGCUGGCAGGCGCUGCUGCAGUGCCAGGGGGAGCCGGAGUGCAGCUACGCCUACAGCCAGUACGCCGAGGCGUGCGCGCCGGUGCUGGCGCAGCGCGGCGGGGGCGACGCGCCGGGGGCUGCUGCUGCCGCCGCCGCCUUCCCGGCCUCGGCUUCGAUUUCGGCCGCGUCCUCGUCGUCGUCGCGCUGGCGCUGCCCGAGCCACUGCAUUUCGGCGCUCAUUCAGCUCAACCACACACGCCGCGGGCCCGCCCUGGAGGACUGUGACUGCGCGCAGGAUGAGAACUGCAAGUCCACCAAGCGCGCCAUUGAGCCGUGCCUGCCCCGGACUAGCAGCGGCGCGGGCGGUGCGGGAGGCCCCGGCGCGGGCGGGGUCAUGGGCUGCACCGAGGCCCGGCGGCGCUGUGACCGCGACAGCCGCUGCAACCUGGCGCUCACCAGAUACCUGACCUACUGCGGUAAGCUCUUCAACGGGCUGCGCUGCACCGACGAGUGCCGCACGGUCAUCGAGGACAUGCUGGCCGUGCCCAAGGCGGCGCUGCUCAACGACUGCGUGUGCGACGGCCUCGAGCGGCCCAUCUGCGAGUCUGUCAAGGAGAACAUGGCCCGCCUGUGCUUCGGCGCCGAGCUAGGCAACGGCCCGGGCAGCAGCGGCUCGGACGGCGGCCUGGACGACUACUACGACGAGGACUACGAGGAAGAGCAGCGCCCAGGGGGCGCGGGCGGCGAGCAGCCUCUGGACGACGACGACGGCGUCCCGCGCCCGGGCGGAGGCGCUGCUGCGGCGGGCGGCCGCGGGGACCUGCCCUACGGGCCGGGGCGCAGGAGCAGCAGUGGUGGCCACCGCUGGGCCCCUGCAGGCGCCUGGACCCCGCUCGCCCCUGCCCUGCUGCUGUUGCUGUUGGGGCCACUCUUCUAGCCCCUGGCGCCCCUCUGCACCCGCACUGGCGCCGGGCACCUGUGGAUUGGGGAUAGAGGAGAGGUGGGGGAGGGCUGUCAGAGACCACCCCUCCCCAGUGGACCUGGCCUCGCUGGUUGUGUGUCACUGCCAUUCGCACCUCCCGGGACUGCUCUCUCAAGGGUAAUUAAUUGGCUGGUCCUUUUCGUCCCCGGGCUUGGGCCUGGAGGCUCCCGGCUAGUAGAAAGUGUGCAAGAUUGAGCCCUGGGGCUCAGUUGACCAAGGAGGAAACCAGCUUACCAGGGACUGGGGCUGGGAGCACAGGAUGGGGUUGAAGAAGGAUUGCAUUUGCCAAGAGGACUGUUGAUUCCCACUUUUUUCUCCCUUACCCGAAGGAGGACCAAAAGUGCAGGUCUUGACCAACUUGUAUCGCUUGUCGCUGGUGAGGACCUUGCAUUCCUAAGUAAACAGAGAAGUCCUGCUUCCUGAUUCAUGCCUUGGUUAUCAGCGGCGUUGUUUGACACUGAGACGGUGAUCUCAGGAAGUCAAGAUGAGGGUAGGGUGCCGUACUGCCUUAAGGGAAACUCCUAAUUGAGUUUUGGAUAACUUUGAGCCCUUGACCUUCAUUUCACUGGUACCACUGAUCUCUUAGCACAUUUGGGAUGAAGGGUGAGUUGCUGUGGUGUUAAACAAUGCAACUUUUGCUGGGAAAAAGCGCUGCACUGCCAUCCGUGAAGGUCUCUCUGUUGAUGCUUGUGGUUUUCUUUUGUCCUUGACAUCCGGAAAUUGUAUGUUCUGAAACGCGGAGAACUUCUAGCGCCUCCGCCCCUAUCAGGGUGCUGAGCCUUGGUACUUGGUAUAUAAAGUGUAUUGAAACUGGGAUUUGUUACCAGUUGUGCUUUGUAUAUAGCAUUUUUAUAAAGUGUAUGCUUCAGAAAAAAAAUAAUUUAUUUUUAAAAAGAAAUGAAAGGUUUUAAAUCCACAUCCGUGUGACACCCCUUUCCCCCACUUACCCUACCCCCAAAUAUGCCGAAUCCAUUGGUCCACCAGGAAUCAGAACCCAGAGUCCAUGGUGAAGUGUGCUUUAGCUUCAACAGUUCUGAAAUGUACAGUGUGUAUUUUAUAGAUUUGAAGUUAACAUUGUUAUUUUUCAAGAGAGUUUAUGGACAUUGUAGAAAUGUAUAAAUGCAUUUCCAAACUGCCUUAAACAUUGUAUUUUUAUAGACAUCAUUUAAGAAAAAAAAAGUCCUAUGUUUUAAAUAACUACAGCUUUGGGUAUUGUUUUGGCUAUUUGUUUUAUUAAAAAAUGUGUACAUCAGUAAAGAAUUUAAAUAAU